GGCAAACGACUAAAGUACAGCUGAUGUCGCCGCGCUUUUAAAAGCUAUGCAUUUCUAAAUCUACUUAAAAUGAGACGCAGCCUAGCCCCUAGUCAAAGACUGGGAGUGCGCAUUAAAUCAAAGGACGCAUUUACACCGCCUUUACUCAAGAAAAACAAACGUGCCUGCCAGGAGGAAUUGCAGAAGUGUCAAAGCGCACUACGAGAUGCAACAAAUGCUGUUGAGCUUCCGCUUCCCAUACGCUUCACGGCGAAUAGCGAGUAUGAACAAGCCAUAGCCAAGGUGCUGGCUCGUAAGUUUAAAGUACCUAUAGCCAACUAUGUGCCUGAUUAUGGUGGCAAUCGUUCGUUGGGCGUGCGACGUUCCAUUGUGCGGCGAGCUCUGCACGAUCCUCAAGCCUGCAAUGCUCUGGUGUUGUACACGCCGCCAAGCUACACGGAGCACGAGCGCAUGUCGAUGGAUCCCAGUAAACUGCUAGUGCAUGUUGUUGUGGAUCCAAUACUCAGCAACGUGUUGCGUCCACAUCAACGUGAAGGCGUCCGCUUCAUGUACGAGUGCGUGGAAGGUAAACGUGGCAACUUCAACGGCUGCAUCAUGGCCGAUGAGAUGGGUCUGGGCAAGACGCUGCAGUGCGUCACACUAGCAUGGACUCUGCUGCGCCAGAGCGCCGAGUGCAAGCCAACAAUCUCCAAAGCCAUUGUAGUAUCACCUUCGUCAUUGGUUAAGAACUGGGAAAAGGAGUUCACCAAGUGGCUGCACGGCCGGAUGCACUGCCUGGCCAUGGAGGGUGGCUCCAAAGAGGAUACUACACGCGCCCUCGAACAGUUUGCCAUGAACACGGCCACACGAUGCGGCACACCUGUACUCUUGAUCAGCUACGAGACAUUUCGUCUAUAUGCGCACAUACUGUGCAAAACGGAGGUGGGCAUGGUCAUCUGUGAUGAGGGACAUCGCCUAAAGAACAGCGACAAUCUCACCUAUCAGGCUCUAAUGGGACUGAAGACCAAGCGACGCGUUCUGCUCUCCGGCACGCCAAUACAAAACGAUCUGACGGAGUAUUUUAGUCUGGUUAACUUCGUUAACCCGGAGAUGCUAGGCACUGCUUCUGACUUCAAGCGCAGUUUUGAAAAUGCUAUUUUACGUGGUCAAAAUGCCGACUCCACGGAAGCAGAGCGUCAACGUGCGCUGCAAAAGACCCAGGAGUUGAUUGGAUUGGUCAAUCAAUGCAUCAUUCGACGCACCAAUCAAAUUCUGACCAAGUAUCUACCUGUCAAGUUUGAAAUGGUCGUGUGUGCCAAGCUUACGGCCGUACAGCUGCAGAUCUAUACGAACUUUCUCAAAUCGGAUCAAGUCCGUCGCAAUCUUGCGGAUUGCAAUGAGAAGGCAUCGUUGACGGCUCUAUCCGACAUUACAACGCUGAAAAAACUGUGCAAUCAUCCGGAUUUGAUCUACGAGAAGUUGGCUGCAAGAGAAAAAGGUUUUGAGAAUUCCCAAAAUGUUCUGCCGGCCAACUAUAAACCCAAGGACGUGAAUCCCGAGCUGAGUGGCAAGUUCAUGCUGCUGGACUUUAUGCUGGCCUCCAUACGUGCGAACAGCGAUGACAAAGUGGUGCUCAUCUCCAACUACACACAGACAUUGGAUCUGUUUGAGCAACUGGCGCGGAAACGUAAAUACACUUAUGUGCGAUUGGAUGGCACCAUGACGAUUAAGAAACGUUCCAAGGUUGUGGAUAGAUUCAAUGAUCCCAGCUCCGAUUGUUUCCUCUUUAUGCUGAGCAGCAAGGCAGGUGGUUGCGGUUUGAACUUAAUUGGCGCCAAUCGCUUGUUCAUGUUCGAUCCCGACUGGAAUCCAGCGAACGACGAACAGGCAAUGGCGCGUGUCUGGCGUGAUGGACAGAAGAAGCCAUGUUACAUCUAUCGUCUAGUGGCUAGCGGUUCCAUCGAGGAGAAGAUACUACAGCGACAGACGCAUAAGAAAUCCUUAUCCAGCACAAUAAUAGACAACAAUGAGUCAGCGGAGAAACAUUUUACGCGCGACGACCUCAAGGAUUUGUUUAGUUUUGAGGCCAACGUGUUAUCCGACACUCACAAUAAAUUAAAGUGUAAGCGCUGUUUCCAGAAUGUACAAAGGCAGCCACCUCCAGAGAACACGGAUUGCACCUCGCAUCUGUCCCAAUGGUUUCACUGCUCCAAUAAUCGUGGCCUGCCAGACAGCGUACUUUCACAGGCCUGGACAGAAAGUAAAUGUGUUUCAUUUGUCUUUCAUCAUCGGUCGCAGGGCGAGGCCAAGUCCAGUAUAACAACUAUAACAGAGGAGGAGCAGUCAGAGCAACCAGCAACCAGUAGAAAAAGCAAGAAAUCUGCACCUCAUAGCGAUGAUGAUGAAGAUUUUGACCCAAAUAAGAGCAACGAUGAAGAUUUUAUGGGAUUUUAGCUGAUUUAAUUUAAAAAUAAUUUAUUAUUUUUGUAUUUUGCAUUUGCGGAACCUGAUUUAGAUUUGUAGGCUAACCUAAAGCUAAUCGUCUCAUUUAAUUAACAAUUAACCUAAUACAAGUAGUUUAACAUUUAAAAUAUGGAACCCACAGCGCACUAAGCAUUUGCCUUUCCAUAAACACAACUACAAGCGCAUAAAACAGCUUAAAACUAGAGCAUAAUUCGAUUCAUAAAAAAAUCUGUUACAAUGCACAUGUACAUAUAUCAUAUCUUAUAGUAUAUAAUUAGUAUACCAACGCAGUGUUAACACAGUCAAUAGAACACUUUUGUGUGUAUAUAUAUUAUGAAUUGGACUUAAACAUCUAUAAUUUUAUGUUCCAGUUCAACCCAUACGUUGCUCUUCUCCGGCGGUUUCUGCAAUGGCGAUGGCUGUUGUUGUAACUCGAACAAAAAACCUCCAAUGCUCUGAUAGUAACUAAAAAAGAAGACAGAGAUUGGAUUAAACUAAGAGAUACGAAUUGUUUUCGGUUUUUGCAUUAUAUAUUAGCUUGAUUUUGAAACAAUGAUAAAAUAAUACUUUAAUCAGUAAAUUUAAAAACAUUGAGACAAUCAAAUAAUUCCAUCAAAGGGGGACAUUCUCGAUAUUUUGGACAUUUGCAGCCUUCAUUAUCACUAUUGUACAAACGUAAUUAAACCGAUAACAAAAUGUAUACAAAAUUUUUGACAUUGACCUACUUAUUUUUUCAUGUUUAGGUCAGCACUUAAGCCUAUAAUGAUAUUGGCAAUAGCGAUAAGGCCAUGCGAAAAGUAAUCUAAUUAGCUUUAAUUAUGUUUUAUGUAGCAUUAACAAUGACACUAC